AUGGGGGUCCGACUCCGGGACAUCCAGCGGUCCCUGAGUGUAGUCUUGAUCAGGGCCGACGGCCUGGACCAGGCAAAGCACAAGUGCCCAAGGUCUAUGACGAAGACUCAUGGCUUUGAAGCCCUGCUGCGUCCAAGCUUGUCAGUGCUCAUGCUUUGGGCCCAGGGCCAUGCGCUGGCGUUUGAGAUCAAGGAUGCAGAUGUCUACAAGAAUACAAAUUCCAAUGUGGAGGGAAUUUCUCGGCUUCUCGACAAAGUCUACAACAACUGCAAUCAAGCACUUCCUGUCCACAUCUGCAUCGUACAGGACAACUGCAGUCGGGACUGCAAAAACGGUCUCCUCCUGUCCUGGUGUGUCAAGCUCCAUUUGCUGCAGGUGUGUGAGAGGAUAAGCCUGCAAUAUCCCAGCAAGGGGCACACUCACGGGCCACUUGAUGGGCUCGGAGGGCAGGCUGUCACCAAAUGCAGUGCCUGCGAGUUCUCCGAUGCUGACAGUUUGGUGGGGAUCUACGAUGGGUUCCUGCAGCAGUCCACUGUGGAUGGGGGAGCAAGCUUCAGAGGCGAUGAGCAAGCCAACUGGCAGAGCUGGUGGGAGGAGGUCGGUUUGGUCUUCUCCAACCUGACAGGCCCGAAGGUUCGAGAUCACGACCUUGAAAGAUCUCGGCUACCUGCAAGUGCCUGUGACAACAUGGCCAGGUUCCCCACCGUCCCAUCCUGA